AACAGAAAAAUGCAUCAAGGAAACCAGACCACCAUCUCCGAGUUCAUCCUUCUGGGACUUUCCGACCAGAGAGAGAAGCAGACACUGCUCUUCGUGCUCUUCCUGGCUAUGUACCUGGUCACUGUGGCUGGGAACGGGCUCAUCAUUCUGGCCAUUGGCUUGGACACGCACCUUCACACCCCCAUGUAUGUCUUCCUUGCCACCUUGUCCUUUGCUGAUAUGUCCUCCUCUUCUACCUCCAUCCCCAAAAUGCUGAUGAAUAUUCAGACCAAGAAUCAGUCCAUCUCCUACAACAGCUGCAUCACCCAGAUGUACUUUUCCAUUGUCUGUACUGUCACCAACAAUUUCCUCCUGGGGGUCAUGGCCUAUGACCGCUUCAUGGCCAUCUGCCACCCACUGAACUACACCACCAUCAUGCACCCUGCGCUUUGCACUUGCCUCACGGUCAUCCCAUGGGUCCUCAGCAACAUUGUGGCCCUGACGCACACCCUUCUGCUCACCCAGUUGAUCUUCUGUGACAGCAACACUCUCCCACACUUCUUCUGCGACUUGGCUCCCCUGCUCAAGCUGUCCUGCUCCGACGUGGUGCUCAAUGAGCUGGUGCUCCUUAUCAUGGGCUUGUCAGUCAUCAGCCUCCCCUUUGCUGUCAUCCUUUUCUCCUAUAUCUGCAUCAUCAGGGUUGUGUUGAGAAUCUCGACCUUAGAAGGAAAGUGGAAAGCCUUCUCCACCUGCGGCUCCCACCUGGCUGCUGUGUUGCUCUUCUACGGGACCAUCAUGGGGGUUUACUUUUUUCCCUCCUCCACCCACCCAGAGGACACAGAUAAGAUUGGUGCGGUACUCUUCACUGUGGUGACGCCCAUGGUGAACCCCUUUAUCUACAGUUUGAGGAACAAGGAUAUGAAAGGUGCCCUGAGAAAGCUCAUCAAUAAAAAAUGGGGUUCCUCCCUUUGA